UAUUCAGUAGGAAAACUUGAGCAUCCUCAAUGUGAUCCACACGUCGCGAUCAGAUCGUUCUCGCUUUCUCCCAUGUAACUUUUUGGCCUGUUUCACUCCACGAGUUCAGGUAGUAAAUUGUCGAGUGCGAAUAGGCUUUUUGCUAUCGUGUUUGACCCGGUAGCCGGCCAGCUGAUCUAUGUACUAUAGGCAGAAGAAAGAUCAGAUCAAAUAAACCACCGUGACGACAAGAUCGUCUUUUCGCUCCGUUAAUUAAACUUAGUGUUUUUCGUUCGCGCAAUAAAAAGUGUUUUUCAGUAGUGAAAAAUUAGAGUUUCAAAGUGUCCGAAGAACCCGGUAAAACGCGCGCGCGAACAAAGGCGAGGUCGCUAAAACAGUACCAGUGAAUAUUCUUUGUUUCAUUGAAGCGACUAAAUAUUGCUGCUCAAAGAUCACAAGAAGAACAAUGCUGUACACAGAACUAGUUCAUAUCUACAAGAAGCAGCACGGGAUCGAUGCUGUACAAUCCGUUUCGGAAUUGCAGAUUCCUGGUCCCUCGAAUCAGCCAAAGGUAGAAUCGACUAUUGCUGCAUCGAUGGCCACAACUGUAGGUCCUGCUCAAUGGAUGCUCGCUGCACUGAUGAUCUUCAUUUCGAACCAAGGUCAAAUAUUGAUUCGAUUCAUCGGUGAAAACGAUCUCAGAUCUUCAAGAGAACAACAUAUCAGACGGUCAGGUAGGACCAAUGUCCGUCCUAUCGGAGGAAAAAAUCCCGGUUCCCGGUCAUAG